CCGCUGCACCAGUAAAAGUGGGUUCGAUCUAACCCGACAACAACCAAACAUAUUGACUGGUGGGGUCGCUCGUGGCAUCAAUCGCUGACGCUGACCUCAGCUCUCCCGUUCAAGAUGCACGCGCUUGGACGGCCGCUGACCGCUCUCGCGUCUCCCCGACCGCGCCGCCCCACCCCGCCCGCAGGUGCCGUGCCGUGUGAACCGCGUGCGGUCGUGGCGACUGCCGGUUCGGCGCCAGGCCUAACUUGCUCCACGGGUGCGGCGUGCGCCAGCGACCCAAGCUUGAAACUCCUUCCGCCCCUUCCUUCCUUCCUUUUGCCUCGUCCUCGCGCCGCCCUCGCUCGCGCGGUCGCUUGUUGCCCUCCGUCCACGAGCCGCGUCUCGCGGAAAGGUGGGCGGCCGUGACUCGUGGGGCGGGGCGAGGCGAGGCGAUGCUCGCGUGGAAGGAGAAGGUGGCGGACCGCCUCUCACGCCUCCUCGCCGACUCCCCCGUCUCCCCUUCCCCGGGCCCCGCCGCCGUCCAGCCGCCGCAGGCAGUAUCUCUCCCAGCAGAACAUUUUACUUCCCCCAAGAAGUCGUCAUUAUCUUCUUAUGUAUUGUCCCUUCUACCUACCUCAAACUCGGGGCCUGAGCAGAAUUCACCUUGUUCAGGGACUUUGAGACCAUUACCUCCUGAGUCACUUCCUAAGAGAUGGAGAGGGAGUGAAUUCACAUGGCAAGAUCUGCCGCUGGAAUUGAGUGAGGAGUCUGGGUCUGAAAGUGAGAGAGAUGAAAGGAAUGGAGAUUUUAGUAAGAACCAGGUCCAUCAGUCAUACAGAUCCGUGGGAAACUCUAAUGGAAAUGAGGAAACAUCGACUUCAGACUGUUCAGGCACUCUUCAUUAUCUAACUGAAAAGUCUAUGUUUGUAUCUCCAAAACUGUUUGCCUUCUUUGAUUCUUCUCUCCCUGGGACCUUAAAGGGGUGCCACUGGGUAUUACUAUAUAGCACCUGGAAGCAUGGGAUAUCUCUAAGAACACUUCUUCGUAGAAGUGAGAAUAUUCAGGGUCCAUGCCUAUUGAUUGUUGGAGAUAUGAAAGGGGCUGUGUUUGGUGGCUUAUUGAACAGUCCUUUGCGGCCUACAGAGAAAAGGAAAUACCAGGGAACAAACCAGACAUUUGUGUUCACAACAAUACAUGGUGAACCUAGACUUUUCAGACCAACUGGUGCAAACAGAUUCUACUAUUUGUGCUUGAAUGAUGCUUUGGCAUUUGGAGGUGGUGGAAGCUUCGCAUUGCGUGUUGAUGAAGAUUUGUUACAUGGAAGCAGUGGAUCAUGCGAUACAUUUGGAAACUCAUGCUUGGCAUAUACUCCAGAGUUUGAACUAAAGAAUGUUGAGCUGUGGGGAUUCACGCAUUCGUGGAGCCGUUCGAAGUAGCUGAUGCUAGUUGUCCCCAUACCACCGUCAGCUGUGGUCAUUCCAGUGUACUUGUUGUCGACAAAGAAAAA